CUAUAAUUUUUAAACCACGAAGAGCUGCUUUAUUGUUCACUUGGUACUCAAAAGAGGGAUCAAAAACCAAACUUGGUUAGCGAGAGAGAGCAGAGAGAAAAGGAAAAGCCAAAAAUGGGGAAUAGUUUGGGAGCUAAGAAGAGUGCAAAGGUGAUGAAAAUAAACGGUGAGACAUUGAAGUUGAAGACACCAGUUAAAGCUGGGGCGGUAGUUAAGGACUACCCAGGUCAUGUUUUAAUAGAAUCUGAAGCUGUAAAGCAUUUUGGCAUUAGAGCAAAGGCUUUAGAGCCACACCAAGAGUUGGAGCCAAAGAGGCUCUAUUUCCUAGUAGAGUUGCCAAAUGCUCCAAAAGAGACAGUUCCAAGAAGGGUUCGGUCGGGGAUAAACAUGAGUGCCAAAGACAGACUUGAGAGCCUAAUGCUGUCUAGGAGGUCAGUUUCUGACCUUACUAUAAUGAAAUCAACAAGCAUUUUGCCCGAGGAGUGUUACGGCAAAGAAGGGUCACAACAUGGGGGUGCACUUCGUGUCAAAAUGAGGCUUCCAAGGGCAGAAGUUGAGAAAUUGAUGAAAGAGAGCAGAGACAAGGCUGAGGUAGCAGAGAAGAUUAUGGAUCUUUGCAGGGCUAACACUGGCAACAAUAAUGGUGGGCAUGAAAUUGCACAUGAGGGCAUGGCCUUGGACCAACAAGUGCAUUGGAAGGGUGACCAUAAUCAUGGAAGAGUUAGAGAGGGCAUCAAGGGGCGUGAGAAAUUGCAGAAGCGAGUGAGUUUCAUGCCAAUGACUGAAGCAGAGAUUCAAAUAGCUGUUCAAGCUUCUUAGCAGAUGAUCAAAUAACCUAGAUGGGCAUUUGAAAUGAGGCACACAACACAAUCUUAGACUAUGGACCAUUAUGCACUCUCUACCCUCUAACCAACCAAUACUCAGUGUCAUGUGUGUUACUUUUGUACAUGUAACAAAGAAGUUGUUGGAUGCUAAAUAAAAGCUUAUAGUGAUACAUACAUAAACUACUUAUUGAGGAGAUAUAUAUUAUGGUACAUGCAACAACUUUAACUUUACAA